CAUCAAAUUAAAUAAAAUCGACCAACGUCAACAAAAAUUGUCAUAAAUUGAACUUCGUUGAUAGGAAUUCGCCGGAAUAGAAAUAACACAAGUUUAUUUAAAAAUGGAAGCUUUAUUUGCUUUACCAUUCACGGUUCUAGAGAUACCAAAUAUUAAAAUUAAAAAGCCGUCAUGGCUGCAAGCUCCAUCGGCUAUGACCACAUUUUCUUUAGUAUUACUUUCGUAUUUUUUGGUCACCGGAGGCAUUAUCUAUGAUGUCAUAGUGGAGCCACCGAGUGUAGGUUCGACUACUGAUGAGCACGGUCACAGUAGACCAGUGGCAUUUAUGCCAAAUCGUGUCAACGGCCAGUACAUCAUGGAAGGACUGGCUUCGAGCUUCCUUUUCUCUCUCGGAGGUCUUGGCUUCAUCAUACUGGAUCGUACGCACAACCCAUCAACUCCAAAACUAAAUAGAAUUUUACUAAUAUCUGUUGCCUUUCUAUGUAUCCUUGUGUCGUUUUUCACAACUUGGAUUUUUAUGAGAAUGAAGUUGCCAGGCUAUUUACAAAACUAAUUUAUUAGCAUGUAAGUAAAUUUUUUGCAAUUUGAAGUCUUUAGAAUUUUUCCUAUACUUAUAAUAAAUAUUUUUUAUAUUUGUCACAA